CUGAAACAUAACACGGGAGAGGAAGGAGAGAAGGGAGUACGAAGCGGAUAGAAUGAAAAGGGAGGGAGGGAGGCGUGGCAGGAAGAAAAAAGUGGCAUGCUCUCGGGUUGCUGACGAGGAAGGUGGUGAUGAUGGUACUGCUAGGCUCAGUUUGUGGUUUCGUCGAAUUCUUAUCCCAUUACCUCCAUGCCUUUUCUCUUCUUUUUCACGACAAUCAUCCUGUUUUCCCUCGGGUCAGAUUCCGUGAGCUGAGCGGCUUGGAUUCUCUGAACCCGGCAGACAACCUUCAGCGUUAUUCUUCUUCUCAGCAGCAAAGCCACUGUCAAAUCCUUGCUCUCCAAGCAACUUCUACAUUUGUUUAUAAAGUCUCUCUUUGGCCCUCUGGCUCUUCAUAAGCAAAACCUUCAAGUGUUUCCUCGGAAUUUGUUUCUGCGAUCUGUCUUGAAGCAAAACAGUACUUGUCGAUUUUGUGUGAUGAUGGCAACCGAGAGUGGAAAAGCUUUCACAAGGAGGGACCGGCUGUUGGAGAUAGAGAAGAAGGUCCGUUGCUGGUGGGAUGAGAAAGAUGUUUUCCGGGCUGAACCUGGUGCUGGGCCAGCUAAACCAGGCGAGAAGUUCUUUGGCAACUUCCCAUUUCCGUAUAUGAAUGGGUUCUUGCAUCUUGGACAUGCGUUUUCGCUCUCCAAGCUUGAAUUUGCCGCUGCUUUCCAUAGAUUGGAUGGGACUAACGUGCUCCUUCCAUUUGGUUUUCACUGCACCGGUAUGCCUAUACAGGCCUCAGCAGAUAAGCUUGCAAGGGAGAUUGAAGAGUUUGGCAAUCCACCCUUGUUCUCGAAAGAGGUAGAGGAGCCAGUGGAAUCGCAACCAGAGCCUGAGGAUGCAAGUGCAGGUCCAACGCCAGAUAAGUUCAGGGGCAAAAAGUCCAAGGCUGUGUCGAAAUCAGGUGGACAAAUGUUUCAGUGGGAGAUUAUGCGCAGUUUUGGGCUGUCUGACAGUGAAAUAGCAGAGUUCCAGAAACCAGGAAAAUGGCUGACUUACUUUCCGCCACUGGCCAUGCAAGAUCUGAAGGAUUUUGGAUUGGGAUGUGAUUGGAGAAGAUCAUUUAUUACAACAGAAAUGAAUCCAUAUUUUGAUUCAUUUGUGCGGUGGCAGAUGAGGAAGUUGAAGGACAUGGGGAAGAUUAUCAAAGAUAAAAGAUACACUAUAUACUCUCCCUUGGAUGACCAACCAUGUGCAGAUCAUGACAGGGCAAGCGGUGAAGGUGUGUUGCCCCAAGAUUACACUCUUGUCAAGAUGGAAGUGCUGCCCCCUUUCCCACUUAAAUUCAAAGCAUUGGAGGGAAGAAAAGUGUUUCUAGCUGCUGCUACAUUGAGACCUGAGACUAUGUAUGGACAAACAAAUGCAUGGGUACUGCCUGAUGGCAAUUAUGGAGCUUUUGAAGUCAAUGAUACUGAUGUCUUCAUCCUGACAGAAAGAGCUGCCCUCAACCUUGCCUAUCAGGGCUUCUCAAAGACCCCCAAACACCUUAAUUGCUUGGUUGAGCUGACUGGGUAUGAUCUGAUUGGUCUGCCAUUGAAGUCUCCGCUUUCCUUCAACAAGGUCAUUUAUGCGCUUCCCAUGCUGACCAUUCUGACAGACAAAGGUACAGGGAUUGUUACCAGUGUGCCUAGCGAUGCCCCUGAUGAUUAUAUGGCAUUGCGGGUUUUGAAAGCGAAACCAGCUUUCAGGGAAAGGUAUGGCGUGAAGGAUGAGUGGGUACUGCCUUUUGAGAUUGUACCUAUAAUCAACAUUCCAGAAUUGGGCGAUAAGGCUGCUGAAAAGGUUUGCUUGGACCUGAAAAUUAAGAGCCAAAAUGAGAAAGAGAAGCUUGCUGAAGCUAAGAGGUUGACGUACUUGAAAGGAUUUACUGAUGGCACAAUGCUUGUUGGAGAAUAUGCAGGGAUGAAAGUUCAAGAAGCAAAGUCAUUAUUAAGGACCAAGCUCAUUGAGACAGGUGAGGCAGUCAUGUACAGUGAGCCUGAGAAGCGUGUCAUGUCAAGGUCUGGUGAUGAAUGUGUUGUGGCUCUGACGGACCAAUGGUACCUCACUUAUGAUGAUCCUCGAUGGAAGGAAUCAGCUGAGGAGUGCUUAUCCAAGAUGAAUCUCUACUCUGAUGAGACAAAACAUGGCUUUGAGCAUACUCUGGGCUGGCUAAAUCGGUGGGCUUGCUCAAGAUCUUUUGGGCUUGGGACUCGCAUUCCAUGGGAUCCAGAGUUUCUUGUUGAAUCAUUGUCUGACUCUACUAUUUACAUGGCUUAUUACACUGUUGCUCACUUGCUACAUAACGAGGACAUGUACGGUACAAACAAGGCUCAUCCUGUUAAACCUGAAGAAAUGACUGAUGAUGUCUGGAAUUUCAUCUUCUGUGAUGGUCCAUACCCCACAUCAUCAAAAAUAGAUUCGUCUGUUCUUGAUAAGAUGAAGAAGGAGUUCGAAUAUUGGUACCCAUUUGAUCUUCGAGUGUCUGGGAAGGACCUCAUUCAGAAUCACCUGACGUUCUGCGUCUUCAACCACACAGCAAUCAUGGCUAAGCAUCACUGGCCACGUGGAUUCAGGUGUAAUGGACACAUUAUGCUCAAUUCUGAGAAGAUGUCCAAGUCUACAGGAAAUUUCAAGACGCUGCGUCAGGCCAUUGAUGAAUUCUCUGCGGAUGCUACUCGGUUCAGUCUGGCUGAUGCUGGAGAUGGUGUGGACGAUGCCAACUUUGUAUUUGAGACUGCGAAUGCUGCUAUCCUUCGCCUUACUAAAGAGAUUGCAUGGAUUGAAGAGGUUCUAGCUGCAGAGGCAUCCCUGAGAACUGGUCCACCAUCUACCUUUGCUGAUCAGGUGUUUGAAAAUGAAAUAAAUAUUGCUGUUGAAACGACAAGAAAGAAUUAUGAAAAAUACAUGUUCAGAGAGGCGUUAAAGACUGGAUUCUAUGAUCUCCAAGCUGCCAGAGACGAGUACAGGUUAUCUUGUGGUAGCGGGGGCAUGAAUCAUGGCUUGGUAUGGCGUUUUAUUGAUGUGCAGACACGACUUAUUACUCCUAUCUGCCCACAUUAUGCAGAACAUGUUUGGAGGGAGCUUUUGAUGAAGGAUGGAUUAGCAGUGAAUGCAGGCUGGCCUAUAGCUGAUUCUCCAGAUGAAACUCUUAAGGCUGCCAACAAGUACUUGCAAGACUCGAUUGUUUUGAUGAGGAAGCUUCUUCAAAAGCAAAUCACGGGUUCAAAGAAAUCCAGUAAGAAGGCAGCUCCAGUUGCUACACUAACUGAAGAGAAGAUAACAAGUUUGAUAUAUGUGAAUGAGGAGUUUGAUGGAUGGAAAGCAGAGUGCUUGAAUAUACUUCGUAGUAAAUUUGACAAAAAAACAGGUACUUUUGCACCAGAUGAGGAGAUAUUGGAGGCACUGCAAAAAAGUUCAGUUGGUCAAGAUGCUAACUUUAAGAAAGUGCAAAAGCUUUGUAUGCCUUUCUUGAGGUUCAAAAAGGACGAAGCUAUAGCUAUCGGGGCUCAAGCCUUGAAUCUGAAGCUUCCGUUUGGGGAGAUUGAGGUUCUUCAGGAGAACGUGGACUUGAUCAAGAGGCAAAUUGGUCUGGGGUCGGUGGAAAUAUUGUCUGCAACAGACCACGAUGCUAAAGCCAAAGCUGGUGCUUUGUCCUCUGUACUGGAUCGGAAUCCUCCCUCUCCUGGAAAUCCGACUGCUGUCUUCUUGAUACAGUGAGAGGACUCAUUCAGUUGCAAUUUAAAUCUAUCUUCAGGGACAUGGCUUUAGCUGAUGCGAGACUUGUCUUUCUUCUGCCAGCAAGCUGUUUCCUUUAAUUAAUAUAAUCACAUGCAUGGAUUUGUCUUUAGAUUUUCUGAUGUUAACUCUAUUUGCUUUUACCUUACGCCCCUCUUGGUUAAAUAAGUACAGAAAGUUGUCAGCAUGCA